CGCCACCACGCCGGACCCUCAGUGAUCUCAGUGAUCUUGUUGCUCUUGUGACACCACGACCACUCGCACCGUCAGGAACUUUUCGCACUGUUGCCGAAACUCUUGUUUGUUUGGAGAAGUAACCCAUAAACAAACAGCAAAAUGAUGAGCCCUUCCCGCGACGAAAUGGGUGCCAUGGGAGGCGCACGUGGAGGCGGCGGUGGAGGAGGUGGAGGCUUCAGUGAGAGAGGCCGCCGCCCACACCGCCACCCCGGCAGUGCUGAGGUGGAGGCCGAGAUGCGCCUCUACCUGGACAAGCUGCGAGAGAUCGUACCUCACAUCCCCAAGAAUCGCAAGGUGACGCGCCUCGAACUCAUCCAGCACGUGAUCGACUACAUCUGCGACCUGCAACACGCCCUCGAGGACCACCCCGGCCUGAAGGACGAGCCCACUGCCCGCCUCCUCACCCCGCCCACCUCGCCCAACCAUCCCCUCCACACCAUCACGCCCCCACACGGCUUCUCCAACGCCAUGAACCUACAACACCUCCACAACCCCCACCACCACAUGUCCCCAGCGUCAUCCACCACCAGGCAACCUUUGGGCGUCCUCUCCAUGACCAAUACCCUUCAGACCCCCGCGACGAGGCGGGACGUGACCAAGACCACCAGUAGACUCAACGGUUCGAUAUCACACACUCUUCCGGGCAGCAGCUGAGUCCUGCCGCCUCCACCGCCUCAGCCACCACCACCACCACCACCACCACCUCCCACUAUGUCCCCGUCGCCGCCCAUACGCCCCUCAGCAGCGGCAGCACGGAGGGCGGAGGAGCCUGGUGCGUGAGGCUGGUUCUCGUCGAGCGGGUGGCACCGGCAGAGUGCUCGAGUCCCUGACACUGACCUACAGUCUGUUCAGAUUAAAUUGAUGGAUAAGAAUUUCCCUCCACACUCCCUCCACUCCACCUUCCCGUGAAGUAUCCACUCUCCUCCUCCUCCUCCCAGACGGAAGGGGCAGUGCUUCGUCAAGUUAAUCUGGACAGGCUGCAGUGAGUCCGCCUCGGCGCUCGCACCCCCACGCGGCCACAGUCAUUCUACUACACAGUAUUAAAUGUUUACGGAGGGCGUUCCGUUUUCGAGACUUGAACAGACUGUUCACAAUGUAUUUUUAAGGAAUCUUUUAUUUUCUUUCUCUCUCGAGCACAUUUAUACUUAUAAUUAUUGUUAUCGUUCGUUACUUAUUAAGAGAAUAGUCCUUCUAUGACAAGUUCUGGCAUUCUACAGGUUCACAGUCAGACCGGAACCCCCGACACUCUUGUUUGUAUAGUUGUUGCCUUUUAUAUAUAUUGUAGCCGUAACGAGCAGGGCGCCUCGAGGCAUGGCCGCCCUGCGCUUUUAUGUGUUCCUGUAAUUUCAUGUCUUGAGUAGUCUCUGUCGGCUUGAACAUGAGUGGUGUGAUCCAGAGGCCACACAGUGACCUCGGCUUGGUGAUGGGGUCGGCGAGGCCUCAAGUGCUGCGUCAAGGGUGCAGAUCCCGGCAGCAGCAGGUGCGUCACGUCCCGGGCGAGCGGCGCCGCCAGACCCACACCUCGGCACCUAAAUAGCCCCGAUGUGUAUUCAAGGCUUGCUUCCUGCACGGUAUGGCCGAUCCUGGCGUCAUCCCGCCUUGUCCUCACCCGCCCAGUGCCUCACCUUCACGGCAGGCCGCGGGAGGCUCACAGGGAGGCCGACGAUCUGCAGAAGACAAAAGAAACCCUUCUCUUCCUGUUUCCUCAUCGGCGCCGAACAUUCACCCGUCGUCGCAGCUCCGCAUGCUCCUUGUCAUCCUCCUCCUCCUCCUCCUCCUCCUCCCUCCGUCCACCUCCCAGCUGCCGCCCUGACGCCACAUGGCCCACAACUGUCUCCCUCUGGGGUGAAGCAAAACAGCACCACAGAUGUGACGGCUGGACGGUGACACACGGACGCCGGCUGAUUCUUCUUACCGGUUUGAGCUCACUCAGGGCCUCCUCCGCCCGCUGCCCCUCCACCUCCGCACCACAACUGGCCUGCCACUGCCUGCUGCUCCCCACAUGGUGAGCAGCACAGGCGGCCCUGCUGUCAUCCGGUGGUACAUUUACUUGUGCUGUUUCGUCUCUUCUCGUCCCUGAUGCACGACACAUCGGGGGCCAAUAAACUGCGGGUGAAGUCUCCCAGCACGGCCAUAUGGCUGCCAACUGCCGCCAAGGAGUGGCGAUGGUCGGGCAGAUGGUCUUACCAGUGCCUGGAGUCAUCGAGCGAGGCAGACACCCCCGCCACUCUGAGUACAACUUGAAACAUCCCGUGGGACCGUGUCCAGGCGCUGCGCGUCUCCCAGACACCGCAGCCCCGCCCUGUCCCGAGGCAUCCCUUGACCUGCCCCCACUGACGUCCUCCCCGCCCCAAGAACCAUCACCUCAUGACAGCCACUCCUUCAUUUCUAACAUAUUACACCAAAGAAUAUCAUUGUAUUUUUGUUUAUAUUUAGAUUAUGUCCUGCAUUGUAAGAUAUGAUCAUUACCCAGUAUCCUAUAAAUGCAGCGAAUAUCAAUACUGCGCCUCGGAGCGACACCCGGCCUGGAGGAGGCGCCGCGGCCGACCCCCGCAUCCACUCCUCGGCGACCGCAAGCCGGCCAAAACAUAUCGUAGUGGCUGCAGCAGGAGGCGGAUGCCUCACCAGUGGUCGGCUGCAGCACUGCCUCCAGCGGCCUCGCGGGGGCGCACGUGACGCUCCCUUAGUGUCGUCAGCUGCUCAGGAGUGUUGCCGUCAUCGUCAGCUGUUUGGUAGCGUCCAGAUGCCGCGUCGCUUCCAGCAGAAGGGUCGUCUUCGAUCCAGCGUCCCGCGCGUACCUUUCCGUUCACUCCGUCAGCCGUGGCUUCAGCACACGCUGCUCAGGCUCGCUGAUUUCAUGUCACUUAUGAUGCGUAACUCACGCUGCUCCUCGCCUGUUGACGCCGCGAGGAAUGUCAAAGGAGAGCCCCGAGCAGCGCUGCUGAAGCCGCCGCCUGGCGCCUCUCGGAGUACCACACAUAGCAGUUGGUUCCACAAGCUGCUGACGGCACAGAGGGAGGCGUGCCCUAGUAUUACCUGUGCACUGUACUAGUCCACGUGAGCUUCAGACGGUCACAAAUAGUCACGUAACCCGAUGCUGAUCGUCCUCGUCCUCCUCCUCUGUGUGUUAGGGAAGGAGGGUGUCAAGGCCGCGCCACACACCCAGCCGUACCCUCGCCCCUGCCCCACGCCUCUUCAGCCUGUCCUACUAGCGAUGACGGUCAUACAGUAACCACACUUACUGAAGGGGCUGUGAACGCAGUGAGGCUGGCCAUGUAUGUUCGUGUGUGAGUAUAUGUGUGUACGUAUGAGCGAGGCAUGCGCACCUGUUAUGUGUAUGUGUGUGACGUCUGGCCGUAAUGAGGGCGCCCCCAUACAUGGCUGUGGCGUGCCGGGGACGUACAGCUGCCCCACAUGAGGGUAUCCGUGACCGUAAUGAAUGUACACACUAGCCCAUGUUAUGUACACGAGCUUAAUUAAUAACGUACUAUACCUAAGACUAAUGAAUGGACAUGAUGACCGCGGGCGUCCACCUGCGCCUAAUUAAAAGUUUACCUGUAGGAGUGGCCACCGCUGGUCCCUUCAUUAAUGUUGGUAAUAAAAAGGGUUUUGUAAU